AGAAGAAGGGAGGGAAGGGGGGAGGAAGAAGAAGAAAAAAAAGUCAAUGCACCGCCGUGCAUUUCCAGCCUCCGAUAAAGCCCAGCGCUUGAGGGGGGAAUGAAUGAAAGAGUGCGAGAGGAAGGGAAAGGAAAGGGAAAGGGAGAGAGAGAGAGAGAGGGAGAAGUAGCAGCUGCUUUGAUUUAAUUCCCUCUCUAUAUUAAAGAAAAGGGAAGCAGUGAAGGGAAAGGGCAGGAAGGGGAGUCGCAGCUCCUUUGAUUUAAUUGUUACGAAGAGGAAGAAGAAGAGGAAGAAGAAGAGGAAGAAGACGUCUGCCCUCGCCACGUUCUCUCCCUCCCUCCCUCCUUCCCUCCGUCUCUCUUCUUAAGAAAGAGCGCCAAUCUUUCGAGCGCAUUCAGAAACAAGCGUUUGCUCUCUCUCGCUCUCUCUUUUUGGACAGCGUCCUCUUUGAAAGGCGAGCCCAGCUCUCCCGGCUGUCGGAGGGUCCGGAGGGAAGCGGCUUCGCGUGGAGGAAGGAGGGAAGAAAGGAAGAAAGGAAGCAAGAAAGGAAAAGCCCCGACCGGUGCCCUCCCCUGCUGUCCCUUUCUCCUUCUUCUUCUCGCCUCUUCCUCCGCGAUGACCUCCGUCUUGGGCAGCAGCCGAGGGGUUGGGGGUCCCAGCGGGCAACUGAAAUGUAAGCCCAAGAGGAGGAGGAGGAGACGGUCCAAGAGGAAAGCAGAGAAUUCAGGAUGGGUGCACACCCUGCUCCCUCGGAUUUCCCAUCGGUUACAGGGGCGUUGUAACACUCAAUUCGCCACAUGGUUGGAGGCAACAGACAACCGGCUCUCCAUGCAAUUUGAGCCACCACGUGAAAAAGUAAGCAUUUUGUCAACGUUCAUCGCACCCUUCAAGUAUUUAAGUCCCGGGGCAGCAAAUAUGGAAGAUGAAGACAAUUUAAGUACCAGCAGUGCAGAGGUGAAGGAGAACCGGAAUAUAGGCAAUUUAGAAGAUCAUCCAAUUACCUCUAAUGAAAGGUCAAGGGUAGGAGCUUCCAGGAUCAAAAGGAAACGGCCUCUGGAGGAAGGCAACAGUGGGCAUUUCUGCAAACUCCAACUCAUCUGGAAGAAAGUGUCGUGGUCAGUAACGCCAAAGAAUGCUCUGGUUCAGCUUCAUGAACUUAAACCAGGCUUACAAUACAAAAUGGUUUCCCAAACAGGCCCAGUCCAUGCUCCAGUGUUUGCAGUUGCUGUGGAAGUAAAUGGACUUACAUUUGAAGGCACAGGACCAACAAAAAAGAAGGCCAAAAUGAGAGCAGCAGAACUGGCCCUCAAGUCUUUCAUUCAGUUCCCUAAUGCAUGCCAAGCUCACUUUGCCAUGGGGAAUUGUUUCAACCCUUCCACAGACUUUACAUCAGAUCAGGCAGACUUUCCAGACACUCUGUUCAAGGAGUUUGAACCGUCUACGCACAGUAAAGACUUCUCAGUCUAUAACCCAGUUAAUAAUGAACUGCUUUCUACGGCUUACCGGCACGGAAGGCUAUUCUGCCACACGUUGGACUUAUCGAGCCAUACUAAGCAAAACAAGCGUACCGCUGAGAGUGAAAAGAACCCAGUGGUGUUACUCAAUGAGUUGCGUUCAGGACUGAGGUACGUCUGCCUUUCGGAGACUGUGGAGAAGCAGCACAUCAAGAGUUUUGUGAUGGCUGUGAGAGUGGAUGGGAGAACAUUUGAAGGCUCAGGACGUAGCAAGAAGCUGGCUAAAGGUCAAGCAGCACAGGCUGCACUGCAGGCCCUCUUUAACAUUCGGCUGCCCAGUCGCAUUCCCAGCAGGAGUAAAUGUAAUCAUUUGCCACAGGAAUUUGCUGAUUCCAUCCAUCGAAUAAUUACACAAAAGUUUCAAGAGGUGACGGAUAACUGUGCUGCCAUCCACAUGCGUCACAAAUCCCUGGCAGGAAUUGUAAUGACCAGAGGUUUGGACGUUCGGCAGGCUCAGGUUAUUGUGCUGGCAUCGGGUACCAAAUGCAUAAAUGGAGAAUACCUGAAUGACCAAGGCCUUGUGGUCAACGACUGUCAUGCAGAAAUUGUGGCAAGAAGGGCCCUCAUUCACUUCCUUUACUCACAGCUGGAACUGCACCUCAGCAAACGACGAGAAGAUGGUGAGCGAUCAAUCUUUGUACGGUUAAAAGAGGGAGGCUACAGGCUCAAAGAGAACAUUCUGUUCCAUCUUUAUGUGAGCACUUCACCCUGCGGAGAUGCACGCCUCAAUUCCCCCUACGAAAUCACUACUGACUUGAACAGCAUCAAGCACAUAGUGAGGAAGUACCGUGGGCAUCUUCGAACGAAGAUUGAAUCUGGGGAAGGAACCAUCCCGGCUCGAUGUCCCAGUGCAGUCCAGACAUGGGAUGGCGUGUUAUUGGGGGAGCAGCUUGUCACAAUGUCCUGCACAGACAAAAUUGCCAGGUGGAACGUUCUCGGGUUGCAAGGUGCUCUCCUUAGCUACUUCAUCGAGCCGGUGUAUUUGCAUAGCAUUAUUGUGGGAAGCCUCUCUCACACUGGUCACCUUUCACGGGUAAUGAGCCAUAGACUAGAAGAUGUUGGUCCACUGCCAGCCUCAUAUCGGCGGAAUCAGCUGCUCCUAAGCGGAGUGAGCAAUGCUGAGAUACGGCCGACAGGGAAAUCACCCAGUUUCAGUGUGAAUUGGAUAGUGGGCACCUCCGACCUGGAACUUAUUAAUGCAACAACAGGAAAAAGAAACUGUGGGAGUUCUUCGCGACUUUGCAAGCACAUGUUUUACACUCGAUGGGCAAAGCUUUAUGGGAAGCUGAGCACACGGAUACUAAGCCAUGGAGAUGUGCCAUCAGUGUACAGUGAGGCCAAGUUGGUGGCACAUACGUACCAGUCCGUCAAGCAGCAGCUGUUCAAAGCAUUUCAGAAAGCCGGCCUGGGCACUUGGGUGAAAAAACCCCCAGAGCAAGAUCAGUUCCUACUAACUGUGUGAAUCAUCCAUCACCUCUGUGACAUGACCCCAUCAAAUUGACUGGAGAGAGAAGGGCAGGUACGCAGCAGGAGCCGAGAGCGUGAUGGAUGCAGUCUGAGACUUACCUCCAGGAGAAGUAUCUCUACUCAGUUUAGAAUCCUGUAAUGGAAAAUGCGUUAAGUAUAAGAUGUGUUCUGAUUAAUGCACUGAACUUGACUUUAGGAAACCGCUUUUCCAUGCCCAUCCCUUCUCAAGGAUGUACAAGCCCAGGUUACAAAAAUGACCUUCACUGUUUGUUCUUCGUUUGUAGCACAUUAUACAUUGCUGUAAUUAUUCCGGUGACAUUUGUCACUUGGGCAACAGCAGGUCCUGCUUCUGGCUAAAAACAGAAAACAGGGGUGGGGAAACCCCACUUGUAUUCUCCUUCAUUGUUGUGCAAUAAUUAUCCUUGGUGGGUGAGGCAUUUUUCUGGGUAGUAAAGACAUGCAGGCACUUUUGGAGCCAGUGUGCUCCAAAAUCUAAAAGCUCAGUCUGUGUGUGUAAAAGACGGGGGGGUUGCAGGCUAUAGUCCUAUGAUUACACCAGAAAACACUUGUUGCAAAUAAGAACACUCUGAAGUAAAAGCUGCUGCCCACAUGUAUGUAUUAAGAGUUUGGAGGCACUUUCUACUGAGCAGCAUAUUUUAAAAAUUAGCAAAUAAAAUGUUGGUUGUACCAAGUACUGGUAAGAUAUAGUUCCAGGAUUGAUUGUAGUACAUGGUGGCUAUCUACAGUCUCAUCCACUGUUGAGCUUCCACAAUCUAAAACUUGGGAAACAAACAACAAGCGACAAUUGUAAACCUCACCUAACAUAAGACCAAAAUAAAUAAAUAAAAGCACACAGCAUCACUGAAAGUUACAAACUUACAAAGCACCUGUUGCACAACAUAAAGCACCAGAUCAAUUGCACAAAGAAUCCUAUCUUUGUCCCCUGACCUUUGGGCAUGCUCAGUAUUAAGACCAUUGGAGUGUAGCCAACCAUAACCGUAAAUGAAUAACCUCUUUGCACCAAAAAGAGACAAUGAUGGCUUCAUUCUUUCUCACGACCCAGGCAUACAGAAGACAUUUGCAGUUCUGGAAAGGAAAGAGAAAGACAGAGGGUAUUUUUUUAUGAGGACAACAGAUUAGGUGGAUGUCAUUGCACGCAGGCCGAUUUUGAAAAUGCAUAUAGUAGAAGUCCUGAACUAAAGUAUACUAAAUAGUUAAACAAUAUCCCAUUGUGUACAACUAAAUACUAGACUAAAAGGAUACUGAACAGACUUCCAAUCAGGAAGCUGCUGAAUGAAGACUUUCUUUCAAUGUUCAGGUAGUAAAGCCAUUUAACACCACCACUGCAAUUCUCAUUUAACUAUUGAGUUUGGGCUGGUCAUUGCAAAAAUUGAAACUAGUAAAAUCUGAAGGUAGAAUAUAUUUUGUAGGUCCAGAAAUCUGCUGGGUUGGCAAUGAGCAGCGAGGAAGAAAAUAGUUAAUUGUUAGAACAUCCCUUUUCUCUACUGUUUGAAUAGAUAGAAACAACUCCAAAGCCUCUCCAGUGUGAAGCCUGAAGCAAGGAAAUUUUCCAGCCUUUUCUUUGACUUCCAGGAGGGAAAUAAUGAACUAUUCAUUGACCUCUCAACAGGUUUGGGUAGCACAUGAGCUAAAAUCUUGUUGGGGCACAAGCUUUCAUGAAAAGCAUGGUGCAAGACAUUACACUUGCUCAAAGGUGUCAUAAGAGCACCCCCUGGCACAGACAUCUGUUCCACAAAAGCACACACAUAACUUUUCCUCUUCCUUUCAACUUGGUGGUUGAGGAAUUAUUCAACUGUUGCCCAAGCAAUUGGUUGUGCAACCAUGGGAUCUGGUGUAACUCCACUGACAUAUAUUUACACUAUGCUAAAAGCUUAUAGAUCCGGGCCUUAGAAUUGUCAAGAUAAGUUUAGCUACAUCAGAAUAAGUGAUCUGCACAUUCUUUCUCUCUCCUGCAUGUUCCGUACUCCCAAAAUUCACCUUCCUAGUGAUCUCUGCUUGCCCAGAUCUCAAUUUUUUUUAAGCAAAGCUGUUCCUGCCUCUAUAAAAGUGUGUAGCCAAUGCCCACUAAAAUGUAAGAAACCAGACAAAGAAGGUGGGACCACACAGCUGUGACGUUUGUUCCAGAUGCACAAUAAUUUAUGCAAAAUAAAUAUGCAGUGUCCUAUUAAGAGCUGGAAUUGAAGCAUCCCUGUGGAUCCAUUCUCGUGGAGCACAGCUGCUUGUGAAUCACGCCUUCCUGGGAGACAUCCACAGCCUCCCGAUUCCCAUGAUAGUGCUGCUGACUGAUGGCUGCAUAUGCAGUUCUUUCUCCACGUGACUACAUCCAUGGGGCAGUUGGAGUGCACCAUCUGGAGCUCUUUUCUAACAUGUGAAACAGCCCUGGACGAUUCCCAUCGGUCAAGAAAUAACAGUGUGGAGAGUUUUUGUAAUGAGCUCUUCAGUUGUUCAUGCAAUUGAAAAUUGCCACUUAGGAUCCCCAAAGAGAAAAGUUAUAAAACUCUAAGCAAUUUAGAAUUAACCUCUACCCAAACCUUUGUCUAGCUUUGUUCAGAACUUUGAAAACCUCCUUCUUGGAGGAGACUGCAACUCUCAGAAUGCUCCCAAAUGGCAUGGCCAAUCACUAUGGCACCUGGGCCAUCUGAAUGUUGUAGCCUCCAAAAAAGGAACUUCUUCAAGCUCUCAUUUCACUUUGUUUUUCAAAUGACAGGAUUUGCGGGUAUAGAACUACUGUUUUCUUUUUAAACUUGUAGUUUGAAUGAAAUAUGUAUAUAUUAUCAUGCUGCUCCUGAUCUGUGAUCCUCUCGGUGUUUCUGGUUAGAGCUGUUCAACUGAGUUACACACACAAAGCACACACAAAAACCCUCAUCCCCUCACUACACACUCACUGCCUCUCCCAUAGAAGCUCCCUUUCUUGCCAGUAAAGUUAGACGCUCUUAUAUAAGGUUUGGAGAGCCAUAUUCAGUAAAUACAUUUGUUUAUUGAUGCCCACACAAUAGGAAUAGUUACAGUAUUUUGAUGAUUUUUCUUAUUUUUUAGAUUAAACUGCAAGAUGUAUCUAUACUAUAGUGUCUUGUACAAAGGAGAUUAUUGUGAUAAACUAGAAUUUUUAAAUUAGAAUGGAAAAAAAAACAACUCCCCCUCCCCUUUACUGAAAUGUUUCCAGUAAACAAUACAUUCCAUUAUUAACUACCAAAUAAGAAAAAGUUCCUUAGACUAGAAAUAGUGAAAGACCAGAAUUUGCUUCAACAAGUUAGGAAUGGCAAAUAUUUUAGGGUAGCACGAGUUUAAUUUCUAAAAUGAGCUAUGCCAGGUCUUACGUCUUCAGAGGGUAAUGUGAAUCAUUCCAUUCCUUAUUCGAAGAUGUGGAAUUUUGGCGUAAUGGGGAGAUAAUGAUUUGGGCAGAAUCCAGAGAAAUAAGAUUCCAUUAAACAUUGUUUAACUGAAUGAAAUCUCACUAUAUAACUUCUGCCUUAUGCAGUCCAAUCCUAUGCUUGUUUAGCUGGAAGUAUUUGCCACUGACUGCAUUGGUGGAGCCCCCAGUGGCACAGUGAGUUAAACCCUUGUGCUGACAGGACUGACGACCGACAGGUCGGAGGUUCGGAUCUGGGAAGAGCACGAAUGAGCUCCCUCUGUCAGCUUCAGCUCCCCGUGCAGGGACAUGAGAGAAGCCUCCCACAAGGAUAAAACAUCAAAACAUCCGGGCAUCCCCUGGCAGCAACCUCGCAGAUGGCCAGUUCUCUCACACCAGAAGCAACUUGCAGUUUCUCAAGUCACUCCUGACACACAAAAAACUGCAUUGGUGUUUACUCCAAAGUAAAGGCAAACAGGGUUGCAGACUAAAUCCCACUGAUUUCAAGGGCAUCAUAAAGAGACAGUCUACGUGUUUUUAAAUGAUACAUGGUUCCAAAUGCAUGUAGAUCAGUGGUUCUCAACCUGUGGGUCCUCAGGACCUUCAACUCCCAGAAAUCAUAACAACUAGUAAACUGCCUGGGAUUUCUAGGAACUGUAGGCCAAAACACCUGGGGACCCACAGAUUGAGAACCACUGAUGUAAAUGGUCACAUGUUUGAUUGUUCCUUCACUUUCCCACUUGUUGCAAAACAAAACAAUUGCUUGCACAUUCUCAAAGAUUCAAAUUGUCCAAAUACUAGAUUUUCAUUUAUUAUACAGGAGAAGCAUUCAGACCCAUCACAAUUAUAUGUUUCAGUCCAAAGCAGGUCUUGAACAUAUAGACCAAUGGUUCUCAACCUGUGGGUCCCCAAGUGUUUUGGCCUACAACUCCCAGAAAUCCCAGCUAGUUUACCAGCUGUUAGGAUUUCUGGGAGUUGAAGGCCAAAACAUCUAGGGACCCAGAGGUUGAGAACCACUGAUACAGACUGAUAUAGACCAUCUCUGGAACAUCCAGUCUGGUGGAUCCUUUGACCAGAGAAUUCUGUCUGGAUUAGACACUGAGAAACCAUUGAUCAGAUACAAUUAUCUUAGCCUAGCCUAACUCACAAAGUCAACGUGAGGAUAAAAUGGUGGGUCGACAUGUUGGAGCUCCAUGGAGAAAAAUUCAAAUCUGCUUGUAGACCACAUUAAAGCUUCAUUUACAGUGUGAUUUUUCCAAACUGCUCUUUUAACAAACUGUAUGCUUCCCUUCCAGACAACUGCUAAUCCUCAUGGCCACUUGAAGUGGUGUUAAAUUUCUUAGAGAGAGGCAGAGGUGAGAACAAGGGCUGCCUCUCAUCUCUGAUACAGUUCACUAAAAGAGACAAAGUGGAAGGACAACUCCCAUUCCCCUGCCUCUCUCUAAGGAAUUACAAGGGGGAAGGGAGGCAGUCCUCCCUGUUCAGUAACUUUCCCUUUCUUGCCCCCUUCCCUCUCCAAUACAUUAGGAGUCCCACCUAGCUUGGCAGCGGACAAAGGUACAUGAAUGAGAACUAUCUCAUUAAAAGCAUUUCAGCCAAUACCCUUUUGGAACCAAGUCAUAAACAGUUUCCUUCCUUGAAUAAAAAAUACAUUGGAUAAUUGACUGAAAUAUAAAAUAGGUACACUAAUUCAAUUAUAAUAAAUAUAAGAUCUAGAUCGUAUUUUUCAAUUAUAACUAGACCAAUUAAAUCAAAUUUUGUGUGAUGAUUCAACACAUAGGUAAACUGCAUACUGUUGUUAAGAUGAACAACAGGAUUGGGGUCAGAGAGUUCUUUAUAUUUUCCAACACAUAGCACAUGAAGAAGAUCCAUGAUUGUCUCCUUUCCCCCAUUGAAAUCCUGAUAUUUCUUCUUAUGCUUCCUUUCGUAAAAGAUUACUUUAAAAGUGGGGAGGGGUUGGCUCCCUUCUUCUAAAAGGAGAGUUUUGGUGAGCACAGGAGCAUACUCUCCAAGCGUCCCAAUUUGGCAGGGACCGUCCCAAUUAAUCAUCUGUCAUUCCAUUUUUAAUUCAUCUGUCAUUCUGUGGAAUCCCAUUUGUUCCCAGUAAAGACAAUGCAAGCAACAAAUAUAAGUAACAGUUCACCUGUUCGGAGCUUGGGAAAGUUCUGGCUGUGGCAUUACAUGAGUUGUAGUCCACAAAAGUGGCUUUUCCAGGUUUCGGGUUUUUCUGCCUCUCACUGAACUCCUUGGAGGACAUAUAUGUUGCUGGUUGGUUGUUUUUUUUUUUUUCAGAGUCUGAGUCUAUCCCAGGGCUCAUUUUCCCAGGCAAUGUCUUGACAUGUCCCAAUUCCCAGCUCCACAGCCACAUUUCCUGAAGCACAGGAGAGCGACAACUCAGUCGGAAUUCUAUAAAGGGAAGACAAUGUACAUAGCGAGCAUGAGUGAAUGGCAAUACUGUACGAAUGGAUGUACAUUUGUAAGAUUUGUACAAACAGAAGAACAAAAACAAUCUGAAUUUACAGGUGUGAAUUUGCUGCUAAGUUCUGUAAAUUGCACUUCAGUGAUACCUGAUAAGUGAAUGUUUCUGUUAUAAGUGAAUAAAAUGCCAAGAGGAAUAAAAAAUAUGAACAAA